AUCGAAAAGAAAUCCUUCAGUACGUUAUCCACAUCGCGGCUGUGCGCGGCGGCGAGGAUGCAUCUCCGCUUCGUCCCGUUCCCGGCGAUCGCCGUCGGCGGAGCGAGCUUGAGAUUCCUCGCCGAUAACACACGUGCAGUGGGCGGAAGCGGGAGGAGGCGGUGCUCCGACGUGGUCGCCUUCUCGUCGUCGGAGAAGGGGCCGGGGCCGGGGUCGGGGGAGGAGCGCGAGCCGCGGGCUGAGGAGGCGCUGCGGCGGCUGGCGGAGCUCGACUCGCAGCUGGAGGGGCUUUCCGAGCCCAGGGAACGGCCGCCGGCGCCGCCUCUUCCACCGGACCCUUACAUGGACCGAGAUAUGAUAACUGGGCGGGGAUCAAAAGAUGAACUUCCUGAAUUUUCUCCAACGUAUGUAACAUUCUCAACACUUGCACUUGUUAUCCUCACGAUAUUCACCAACGUUGUGUUCAAUCUUUACAUCAAACCUUCCGUGGACGGCGUCGAUCAGCCUGUAAGAAUUGAGAGGGUGCCUAUGGUUAAUCCAGCAGACCAGCAAUUCAAGUAGCUUCUAGACUAGGCAUAUAAAUUUGUUAUAGCAAGAAGUGAUAUGAUAUGCUAGUAAAAUAGAUCAUGAUUCAUGUGUAUUCAACCAUAUCUUCUUUUUGUAUUUAGCACCCAUACGUUCUAAAUGAAUCAUUUUGUUGGCUCUGGGAAUUCAAUAAUAGUAGGACGUUUUGCACA